AUGACCGGCGUCGCGGUCGACGUUUCAAACCGAGCGCAGGGUGAAAAAAGAUCAGCAGAAAGAGAUCGGAAUCCGUCGACGCGCGCUGAUUGGCUCGAAUCGCGCUCGAUGCUGACGGUCGAUUUCACGGUCUCGCCGGCGUCGCGCGCGCGCGCGUCGGUCACACCCGGCCCGCGCCGCGCGCUGCCACACUCCCCGCCCCGCGCACCCUCGAAGACGAUGCGCGCGUGCGCCGCGACGCCGGCGGCGUCCGCCGCGGCGUCGCCGCGGCGUCGCGCGUCGUCGUCGUCUUCGUCGUCGUCGUCGUCGCCCUCGUCGCUCCGAUCGCAUCGAAAAACCUCCGUCGUGGGCCGACGAUCGACGACGACGCGCGCGAUCGAUCGCGCGCGCCUCCGCGCGACGUCCACGGACGACACGACGGCGUCGUCGUCGUCGUCGUCGUCGUCGUCGAGCGGCGACGAGAAGAGCGACAACAGCGGCGGCGAGUGCCCGCUCGGCUUCGGCAAGAACGGCCGCAUCACCAACGCGGUGAACGGCGUCAAGAACGCGGCGUACCUCGCCUUCAUGAGCUCCUCGACGCCGCUGACGAUGGAGGAGGCGCGCGCGUCCGCGGCGGCGGCGGACCCGAACGACAUCACCAUCUUAGAGAACAAGGUGUUCCUGAACUCGCUGAAGGAGGCGAUCAGCGACCCGGUCGGGAUGCCAGCCGCGAUGCUCGACUGGCACAAGUACUACGACCGCGACACCGUCGGCAUCGUGAACCCGCUCGGUCCUGGGUGCGUCUCCACGAUCGACCCGCGGACGGUGGAGUACGUGUGCAAGACGAACGCGGCGAAUUACCGCGACCGGCUCCUGCCGGACGUGUUUCGCGUCGUGUUGAAAGACCUGGGGGUGACGGGGAGUCAGGGCGAGUACAACCGGCAGCACCGCAAGGUGUGCCAGAAGCCGUUCAUCAACGCCAACUUUCUCAAGACGUUCAGCUCGGUGGUGGAGAGCGGCGUGGGGCACCUGUGCGACUCGUGGGACAUGGCCGCGGCGAUGCCCGGGAACGAGAAGGGGUUCACGCAGGACGUGGACCUGCACUCGCAGCACUUGCUCCUGGACAUCAUAUCGCCCAUCUCGUUCGAUUACUCGUUCGACCUGCUCGGGAAGUCGCGCAACGUCAUCACCGGCGUAGGCACGUUCAAACCGAACAAGAUGCUCGAGGCGUACCACAGGAGCGCGGAGAUCAUGGGCGAGGUGAUCCUCGUCCCGCUCCCGCUGCUGAAGCUCGGCGAGCGGUUCGGGAUCGGACGACUGCGGGAGCUCAUCGAGGCGUACGACUCGCUCGAGGUCAUGGGCGAGGAGAUAAUCAAGCGCCGCCGCGACGCGCACAAAUCCGCCGAGGCGGAGGGCAAAGUCUUCGAACAAAACUGUGGAAGAGAGGACGGGAACCUCGCGUACACGGACGAGGAGCUGUGGGGGGACGUGAACGACAUCAUGGCCGCGGGGCAUCAGACGCAGGCGGCGACCAUGAGCACCGCGUUGCUGUACGUAUCUCGCGACGAAAAGGUGAAGCGCGCAAUCGAGCGAGAGGUGGCCGCGUUGGGCGGCCGCGCGCCGACGUUCGAGGACGUCAGCGAAGGCCGACUCGCGUACACGCAGAGCGUCAUCAAGGAGACGCUGCGGCUGCACCCGCCGAUUCACAUGUUUCCGCGGCUCGCGGCGGAGGACGACGUCAUGCCGACGGGGCACGAGGUUAAGGCGGGGGACCUGAUCUUAUUGAGCACGUGGGCGAUGGGUCGGAACCCGAGCGUGUGGGAGUCGCCGCUCGAGUUCGACCCCGACCGGUUCACGGACGAGCGGCUCGUCAAGCUCGCGCGCGAUCAAAACCCGGGCGCGGACGACGAGGAGAUCGACCGCGCGGUGACGAUGUUGAAGUCGGGGAGAGAUUUCAUCUACACGCCGUUCGGCGCGGGGCCGCGGAGUUGCAUCGGCGGGCUCUUCUCGCUGCUCACGGUGACGACGAUCGUGGCGUCGUGCGUGCAGAGGUUCGACUUCACGCCGGACGAGGAGUCGCUGCCGGCGGACGCGGAGAUUCCGCUGCGGUACGACGUGACGAUGUGCUUUCCGAAGGGGUUGAAGAUGCGGCUGCGGCGGCGCGAUUUGGACGGCGCCGCGGAGGCGGCGACGCCGGGGCCGGCGGUCGCCGCCGCUCGGUGA